AUGUCGACGUAUCCGCUGCGAGGCAUCUUCUACUUCCUAGGCGACCAGCGUCUCUGGCGCUUGUCCAUCUGCCCCGUGCUGAUGACGAUGGCCGUCGCAUUGGGCGUGGCUGUCACGCUUUUCACCCUGACGCUGCAUCGGCAGGAGGAGAUGCUGUACAACGCCGGACUCUCCACAUUCUUCGCGUGGCUCAUAGCUGUGAUCUUCGUGAUCAUAGAAGUUUUCAUCGUCACCGUCAUCUACGGCCUCGUUACGCUUGAAUGGUACAAGGACAAGAUCUUCGCACACGUCAUGAUCGAGUGUGGGUACCGUGAGCUGGUGGAGAACGAGGAGCGCCACUCGCCGUUCCUGCGCGUUCUCACGUCCUGCUGUCGUGUGAGCAUCUUACUGCGUCUGGGGCUGCUGGUGAUCACAUUGCCUCUCAAUAUGAUCCCCGUGGUGGGAAACCUCACGUACGCGUGGCUCAAUGGCACGCUCAUGGCGUGGGAGGCGCAUUUGUACUACUUCGAGAUGAAGGCGUUCGAUUUCGACCAGCAGAAGGAGAUUAUCGCCGAGCGGAAGCUUCAGUACUCGGCGUUUGGCAUGCAGGCCAUGCUUCUGGAGAUGAUCCCCAUUGCCGGUGCAAUUUUCAUGUUCACGAAUGCUGCAGGUGCCGCGCUUUUCGCUGCCAGUAUCGAAAAGGAGUUGGAGAAACAGGAGCAUCGGAAGAUCAGCAAGUGGGGUGGCAAGAACAAAGAAACCAAGAAAAGCCACGAGCUGGACAAGGACAAGGUACCGCUUGUCAACAGGAUCGGCGCAUAUGUGCCGCCGUACGGCAGCACGUCGAAGUAA